CGCUGUCAUCUGGUCGGAUCCGCCUCAACCGAAGACACCCCACUCCGCGGACGCUCCGUUAUCUGAUUGUUCUCUCCAGUCGCAGAACAAAGGAUCCAGCCUUAAAAUUGAGACCAAGAAAAAGAAGAAAAAAAUCCCCCAUGAUACAGAAACGUACCCUUCUACUCAUUUGACAGAAAAAAUUCUGCAAGCGCUGCGGCAAAGACAGGGCGCGCGAUGAUGUCGUCGUCGUCGUCGUCGGCAUUCCCUCUGCCGGCGCCUGCCGGAAAUCAGUCCCGGUCGGCUGCAUCCACGGUAACUACAACACUCAAGGUGGAUGGAAUGACUUGCGGAGCGUGUACUUCGGCUGUUGAAGGUGCGUUUCAAGGGAUAGAAGGCGCGCAGGAUGUCUCGGUAAGCCUGGUGCUCGGGAGAGUUGUCGUUCGCCAUGAGCCUGCCCUGCUGGCCCCAGAGAGAAUCGCGGGGCUCAUCGAAGAUCGCGGAUUCGACGCAACGGUGCUGGAGACACACGCAUCAGCAAGCAACGCGGAUAAAACGGGGAUCAAUGAGAAUGGAGGGCCCCGAUUUUCGACCACUACCUUGUCGAUCGAGGGUAUGACGUGUGGUGCGUGCACUGCAGCCGUCGAAGGAGGCCUGACCGGUGUCGACGGGGUUCGAUCGGUAGAAAUCUCGCUACUUUCCGAGAGAGCAAUGGUUGAACACGAUGAGGCGAUUAUCACCCCGAAACAAAUUGCAGACAUCAUUGAGGAUCGUGGAUUCGGUGCUGAAGUGCUGGAGACAACUAGAGAUACUCAGGGACGGCGAGAUUUGACAUCGAGAUCCCAGCCGACCGUCACCACUGUUUCGAUAGACGGUAUGACGUGUGGAGCUUGUACGUCGAGUGUUCAGAAUGCCUUCAAGGAUGUCGACGGUUUGAUUCAGUUCAACAUCAGCUUACUCGCCGAGCGGGCGAUCAUCGUCCACGACCCAAAAGUGCUAGAGCCAAAGCAGAUCGUCACAUUGAUCGAGGAUGCAGGCUUUGACGCCACCGUUGUUUCCUCGCAGCCGCAGACAAUAGCGUCGACAUCGGUCUCUAACGCUACUCUGAACUUACAUGGCUUACGGGAUGCGUCCUCUGCAACUACCUUGGAGACGUCCCUUCGUCAGAAGCCUGGCGUUUUGUCAGCAUCGAUAACCAUGAGGACGUCAAAACUCACUGUCUCAUUCGAUCCAUCGAUCAUCGGAAUCCGUCACAUUGUGGAUGCCAUUGAGGCUGAUGGGUACAAUGCCUUAUUAUCCGAAGCAGAUGACAACAAUGCUCAACUUGAGUCUCUCGCCAAAACCAAGGAAAUCCAGCAAUGGAAACGUGACUUUUUCUUUUGCUUUUCCUUUGCAAUCCCUGUCUUUGUGAUCAGCAUGGCCCUUCCCAUGUGCCUCCCGCGUUUCGACUUUGGCCAAUGGAAGAUAUUUCCUGGCUUGUACCUAGGGGACCUGAUCUGCCUGUUGCUCACAAUCCCGGUCCAGUUUGGUAUUGGAAAACGUUUUUAUGUCAGCAGCUAUAAGUCUUUAAAACACCGGUCACCAACGAUGGAUGUCCUGGUCAUGAUAGGCACCUCUACCGCUUUCUUCUACAGUUGUUUCACCAUGAUUGUCGCGAUUCUCUGCCAGCCUCAUGAUCGGCCAAGCAUCGUCUUCGACACAAGUACAAUGCUCAUCACGUUCAUCACCUUGGGUCGUUGGUUGGAGAACAGAGCCAAAGGCCAGACCUCUGCCGCUCUUUCUCGGCUCAUGUCAUUGACCCCAUCUAUGACGACGAUUUAUGAGGAUCCCAUCGCUGCAGAGAAACUAGCGGAUGACUGGGAGAAACAGACAGAGAGUGAAGGAUCUAUCGGACAAAGGCUGAUUCCUACCGAGCUCAUCGAGAUAGGAGACAUCGUCAUUUUACGACCAGGCGACAAGGUCUCAGCAGAUGGUAUUGUCAUCCGUGGAGAAAGCUACGUGGACGAAAGCAUGAUCACUGGCGAGGCACUUCCAAUCCAUAAAGGCAAGGGCAGCAUGGUCAUUGCAGGGACGGUGAAUGGGGCGGGGACGAUCGAUCUAAAAGUGACGCGAGCCGGUAAAGACACACAAUUGAGCCAAAUCGUGAAGCUGGUCCAAAAUGCGCAAACCAGCCGUGCCCCGAUCCAACGCAUGGCCGACGUGGCGGCUGGCUAUUUUGUCCCCGCCAUCAUCAGCUUGGGAGCCAUCACCUUCUUCGGCUGGAUGGUGCUAAGCCACGCCUUGCCUCACCCUCCCAAAAUAUUCAUGUCCGAAAGCAGCGGCGGUAAAGUGAUGGUCUGUCUGAAGCUCUGUAUCUCAGUCAUUGUCUUUGCAUGUCCUUGUGCUUUGGGUCUCAGCACACCUACCGCCGUUAUGGUUGGUACCGGUGUAGGCGCUGAACAUGGCAUCCUCGUCAAAGGCGGCGCCGUCCUCGAGGCUGCUACGAAGGUCAACCAUAUUGUUUUCGACAAGACCGGGACCCUCACUUCGGGGAAGAUGAGCGUGGCGGAUGCCAGGCUAGAGCCCCAAUGGGAAACGAAUGAUUGGCGUCGUCGACUAUGGUGGCUUAUUGUUGGACUGGCGGAGAUGAACAGCGAACACCCCGUUGGUCGGGCUAUUGUAACCGCAGCGAAGAACGAAACAGGCCAUGCUGCAGAGGAUGCGUUGCCUGGAAGUCUGGGAGACUUCGAGGCCCAUGUCGGGAAAGGUAUUUCCGCGGUCGUGGAGCCGGUCUCAAGCGCCGAGCGUGUGCGGUAUCGAGUGCUCGUCGGAAACACCACGUUUUUGCGAUCCAAAGACAUUCCAGUCCCUGAGUCCGCAGACGCCGAUUCUUCGCAAGCCACCACUGCCGAAGAAGGGCGCGCGUCUGCUUCUUCUUCCAAGGCUAUUGACUCCCGCGCGGGUCUGACGGUGAUCCACAUGGCAGUCGACGGCCAGUAUGCCGGUUCCAUCUCGCUGCGCGACACCGUCAAGACCACCGCCGUGGCCGCCGUGGCCGCCCUGCAUCGGAUGGGCAUCACAACCUCUCUCGUAACCGGCGAUACCUAUUCCACGGCGGUGGCCACCGCCAAAGCCGUAGGGAUCCCCAUCUCGGCAGUGCAUGCCUCGGCCUCUCCGUCCGAUAAACAGGCCAUCGUUGCCGCCCUCCAGGAAGAAGGCGGCUACCGCGUCGCCAUGGUCGGGGACGGGAUCAAUGACUCGCCGGCCCUAGUCACCGCAUCCGUGGGCAUCGCCCUGGCCUCGGGGACGGAUGUCGCGGUGGAGGCGGCCGAUAUUGUCCUCAUGCGCCCGGAUGACCUGCUCUCCGUGCCCGCCAGCCUGUCUCUUUCGCGCUCCGUGUUCAACCGUAUCAAGAUGAACCUGGUAUGGGCCUGUCUGUACAACGUCAUUGGCUUACCCUUCGCCAUGGGCGUCUUCCUCCCCUUCGGAGGUUUCAUGCUCCCGCCCAUGGCCGCCGGUGCUGCCAUGGCGGCGUCGAGCGUCUCCGUCGUGGUGAGCAGCUUGCUUCUUAAAUUCUGGAACCGGCCUCGCUGGAUGACCGUCGAACAAUUGGAGAAGGAGGCGGAAAUGGGAAUCCGCCGCCGGAAGGGCAGCUGGUGGAGAAACACUACGUCGGCGGCUGGCUAUAAUGACCAGGCUUCCUCGAUCACCACCGUCAUCAAGGGCGCCGCCGUUACGGUCUUGUCGUGGAUCCCAGGGAGAGGAUCGGCUUCCGCGAGGGCGGAUGAUGGAUAUGUUCCGCUACAGACAGUAGAACCGGCUGUCUGACCUCUGUUUUUUUGUUUUUGGGUUUACCUAUCCAUUAUGUUUUUCUCUUAUACCCUCUUUCGCGUUUUGCAGACCUUUUGUCGAUUCAAUCCCCAGUUAUACAUAAUUGCUCAGCAAGCAUGAGGCAUGAAUAAUAGCAUUUAUCAUAAAUAUAACAAAAGUGAUGGUCAAAAUUAACUUGGG